AUGGGGAGCUGUUGGAGCUGUCUGUCCAGAGACCCCAUCAGAGACAACCAUCUCACCAAAUUUAAGGUCAGUAAGAACAAGAUAAAGUCGUCUUUUUCCGAACACCUCUGAUAAAUAUUCUGCACUUACAUUUCUGUCUCCUCCUCCUUCUCCCAGGUCACUAAUGUGGACGAUGAGGGCAACGAGCUCGGCUCUGGGAUCAUGGAGCUCACCCAGACUGAGCUCAUUCUUCACACACGAAAAAGGGACGCGAUUAGGUGGCCGUACCUAUGCCUGCGCCGCUAUGGCUACGACUCCAACCUGUUUUCUUUUGAGAGCGGCCGUCGUUGUCAGACUGGGCAGGGUAAACAACAUUUCUCUGCUUUAUUGAAAAAGACUGUAAAAGCAAUUAUAUUUUCAACUUAUAUUCGCUUUUCAAACAAUUCUAGCAUGUUGGUUACAAGGCUUUAUUUUAACUUAAAAUUUACUUCUGUCGUAAGGUAAUUUAGCAAAUUAACAUACCAGCCAUUUUCCCCUGACAUGGCAGACAGGAUGGGAAGCUCAAAUAAUGUUAUGAGACAGUUGAAAAGGGAACCUGAUAAUUAUUAAUUCAUGUCUUAAAUCACAGUUUUUCAAUUGAUAAGCAGAUUAAGUGGAAAAAAUCAGGCAACAAAUAAUUUACUAGACAACAGCUAACUUUAGUAUAUAUUACCAUGAACAUGAUAUUACUGUGAGUUUACUGCCUUUAUAUAAUAUUCUGUAACACAAUCAACUGUUGGACAUAAGAACAACAAUUUUAACUUGAUCAUCCACAUAUGUGUGUCCUCUGCACCAAUACUAUGAACACUUGAUCUCUUUUUAUAAAUGUCUCAAUCUGCAAAGUAAUGAAGGAUAGUUCCAGGUUAAGUUUCUUUUAUAAUCAUUAGGGUUGGGAAUCACUAGUGGCCCCAUGAUACGAUAUUAUCACAAUACUUGGGCCACGAUACAAUAUUAUUGCGAUUCUUAACAUUUUGCAAUACAGUGAGUAUUGUGAUACAAUAUAUACGCGAUUCAUUCAACUUUUCAACUGUUUAGCUAAUUUAGCAUUUGUCUGUCCUUUAUAUUUGUCUUAUUCACGCUGUAUUUUAUUUUCAUGUCGCACAUCUUGCAAACCUUAUAUAUAUAUAUUUGUUGCACUAACUUUCUCCUGCUCUGUAAUGUCACCUCUGCCAACCUCACUGGACAAACAGUUGAUGUUAUUUUUCCAUUUUCAUAGAUUUGACUUCGUAUUAGCUAUUAAUUUAAAAAAUCGAUAUUGGUAAAUGAGACGAUACGAUAUAUGACCAGACAAAAUAUCACGAUACUAUGCUGUAUUGAUUUUUUUCUCCCACCCCUAAUGAUCAUGUAUCCAGCCUUUGUAUAUAUUGCUUUCGUUGACUCAAACUAAACAUGGAACAAGUUGUGAGGGCUCUGCUUGCAGGAUGGGGAAUCUGGUUUGAAGAGACGGAAGAAAGCUUCAUAGUAAAAAUUAAAUCUUGUAAUGUUAACUGUAUGCACUCUCAGGUUUCAAUUAAAUAUUUGGUCAUAGGCUGUUUUAUGUGGCAUUAUGUCCAGCAUUGUAAGUUGGUGUUAAUAACUGGCAGUUUCUCACACAGGUACUUUAGUGUUUUAGUGAUAAACAAUCUUCCUAAAAUGAUUUUCUUCUUCUUCUUGUUUUAAUCAGGAAUCUUUGCAUUCAAGUGUUCCCGGGCAGAAGAGAUUUUCAAUCUGCUCCAGGAGCUGAUGCAAUGUAACAGCAUUAACGUGGUGGAGGAGUCAAUGAUGAUGAGUCGCAGUGGUCACACACCAGAGAUGGAGAUGUCUCGCACGCCACAGACUCCCAACAGUGAGUCACACCACCAAACACUCUCUCACAGACUCACAAAAACACACACACACAUACACACGAGUCUUGCUAAUAACAAACUCAGAGUAAUUGGAGAACAUGCACACAGUGGUGAUGGAGCAGAUAAACUGUAAACUAUUAAUACACACAGGUUAAAUAAUGCCUCUUUAGUUAGUCGUCCAAAGGUAUUUAAAUAAAACAAUAAGCAGUAAGAGGACAUAUCCUACUUCGUCUCAAUGAGGAUUUUUUAGAUCAUAUUAGGAGUAAUGUAUAGUGAGCAGGUUGUUAUGUUAAUCAGAAUCACAACAGAGGGGCUCACUAUGUCCCGCUAAAUACCCGAUUUCCAUCUAAAGACAUAAGUAAACUGACAGUAAUGGCAAGGUUCUUAGUCGUCUGCCUGCAGGACAAUUAAACAAUAAAAAUGAUGAUUUCAGAUAAAGGUAGAGUUAAAAUAUUCACCUGAUUAUUUGGUAUACAUUACAUUCACCUGAAGCUAACAAGAGGACAUGGUUAACAGGACUUCUGCAGGGAUACUUGUGUUAUAAUCUGUUCUCUUUCUUGCCUGAUUUUUCCACAUUUUUUCCACAUCCUGAAACACAAAUGUCACUGUUGCAAUUGUCAUCUCUGCUUAUGGUUUAAGCCACUUUUUAGCAGUCUUAGUGAUACACUCACCAGCAGUGCUGCUGUUGCCUUGAUUGCAGUUGGUUGGUUGGGGCCUGGUAGCUCCUCAGGAGUCUUACCUGUUCCCCGUAAUUGUCACUUUUACCUGUCCCUCAAGAGCAGAACCAAUAUUUUUGUCACACUGCUUACAUUGGGAACAGAGAUGAGCAUUUUUGCCAUAGAGUCAACAGGCAGAGGUGAAAACUGCAGACUACUUUCUGCAAAUUGAUUUCAUAUAAAAUGUGUUAUCAGGUUGCUCCUGGCCUCACUUUUGCAGCUGCUGACUAACCAGAGUCAAGUACUAAUGCAGCGUAAUAACAUUUGUUGUCGAGGAGUUGUGACGGUUCUCUGCUACAUGUUUUGACUAUGUGUGCUGGACAAAUGUUCAAGCUUGAAGGCCUUUUAAGAUGUAUGUUUUUAAGUGAAACAUAAAAAAAAGGUAAAUAAAAAAUAAAACGUGAUAAUGUUUCUACCAGGAUAGUGAUAUAAUCAGAAAUUACUAAUCUAAGUUUUUACUACAUUUUCUGCAGUCUGUCUGUGGACUGCAGAGAAACUCCACAGCUCAAGCUGACAUCCAAACACAAACACCUGCACAGAAAUAUACACACAGUUUCACCAUGCUCCACUGUGUUUAAUACACAGGGCAUCAGCUCCCCCUGCUGAAACCAGGUCCUGCAAGACACUAGAGAAGUGCUCUGUCCCAAGAGAUGGACACACACUGAUGGUCACAGACCACCACUGUUUGAUUUCACAGCACAAAACUGAUCACAGGUGAAAAAUAAUCAAAACUCAUCAUACCUUUAGUUGUGAUUUGUUCAGAAAGUUGCCGUGCUUCAAAUUCUCAAGUAGCCUACAGGACAGGCGAUGCUGUGUGUGGACUGUGCUCCUGUUUUCUGGUCCAUAUUGGAGAUCUUGGACUUGAAUAGGCUGUAGUUUUGUACAUAUUCAGAUCAGUUCACAUCUGCACCAAACAAAAACGUCUGUAUUUAGGUGGUUCAGUGUGAAUAUUUGCAACUUUAGUUUUUGAUAUGACAGGCCUAAAUGAGCUCAGUAGACUCCAAAUUAAGCGAUAUGUGUAGCCUAUACAUGCCUAUACAUACUAAAUUUAAGAAAAGAAUAAGAAUAACUUUAUUGAUCCCCGUAGGGAAAUAUAAUUGUCUGUCGUCUCAGUUGUCAUGUUUCAAAAAGUCAUCUACUAUUUACAGAAGGGUUGUAAAGUCUGAUGGCUGUGUCUCAUUUACUAUGAAUACUUUUGCACAACAGACAUCAAGCACUUUUAAAGGGGUAUGCAUUUAAAUUUCCUGUUCUGUCAUCAUGCAAAAGACAUUAAAGCGUAUUUGCAAUGCAGCCUGUUGCCAUCGAUGUAGAAGUGAACGUGCACAGAAAAUUUAGAAUUAGAAAAUAAUAUUUGUGAGUAUCUGUUGAUAACUUUUGAUAGAUAAUACAGCAUGACCGAAUGUACACAUGAACUGAUUUUUUUCAUCACCUCAUUGUGGUUACUGAAGAACAUACUGCGAAAGAUUCACACUCCCUACAGUCUAUAGUUUCUCAUUAAUCACUUUGAGUACCAAGCUGGAUGACAUUGUACUUUUUUUGUGUUUUACGGAAUAAAAGAGAUGACCGGAGUUACUUUUAGUGUUGUAACUUGAUGUGAUAUCCUCCGGUUUUUGGAUCACUCAGGCUUAAUGUAAUACAGACAGCAGCCAGUGGGUGUCAGUGUGUCAGUAUUUAGCAGCUCGCUUAGACAGCCAAGUGUUGAGGAGAUCUGCUGCUGAUCACUGUUGUUGAUGUUGUUGGUGUUCAUGUAGGUGGUUAUUGCUCUCAAAAGGGUUGUUUUGUACAGAUAUGUAACUUUUAUGUUUGGUAUCAGAACCUCUUCUUACGGUAGUCGAUGAAAACAUGGAGAGAAAAUAAAAUACAUAGAAUGACAAUGAUGUAAACUCAUCUACAGCAAAAUUAGUGUAUCAAACACACAGAGUUACUCUCUAACUUUAAGUUUGAGCACAUCACUCCUGUCCUUAGCUCCCUUCAUUGGCUUCCCGUCUCCUAUAGGAUUGAUUUUAAACGUUUAAUGUUUGUUUUUAAGCUCUUAACGGCCUCACCCUCAUCUAUUUAACUGAGCUUUUAACCGUUUUGAAGCCGGGUAGAGCUCUGAGGUCGUCAAACCAACUUCUGCUGGAAGUGCCCAGAUCAAAACACAAACACUGGGGUGACCGAGCCUUUUCAGUUGUUGUGUCCCAGGCUCCAGAACUAACUCCCCACCGAAAUGAGACUUACUUCUGCCCUGGGCCUUUUUAAAACUCGAUUGAAAACAUAUUUAUUUAUGCUUGCUUUUAACACCCUGUAGCGUGGUGACACUUUAUUUUAUAGCAUUGUAUCUUAUUCUUUUUUUAUUGUUUUUUUUUAUUCAUUUUUACUAUAUAUUGUAAAGCACUUUGGUUCACUGAAAGGGUUGUUGUAAAGGGCUGUAUAAAUAAAGAACAUUUACAUUUUAUAAUCUCUAACCUUCUGCAGGUUGGCAGGUUUGGUAGAUUCAGGCUCCAUCAUCAUGUUUGGUAUUUUGCGUAUCUUUUUCUGUAUAUAUAAACGGUCACACAAAUGUGUGUGCAGCCCCGGGGUUCCCCGUCCAGGCUUUUCCAAACGGAUAUCCUGGUUACCCAAUCAGAGGUGACUCCUCUCAGCCCUCUCUCGCUGAUGAUCAUGGACACAGCCUCAUGGGUUUAGAAGACCAGGUAAGACCCGUCUCUGCUGUUUGCAUUUAAGUGUGUCUGCAGUUUGUUUCUGACAUUGAAUUGAUUUUAUUUUUCCCCACAGACCCACACCUACGUAAACACUGUAAGCAUGGAAGGGGAUCUCUCCAUGCGUCACUGUGUGCACACUCUGCCUGAGGUGCGGCCCACCACCUUCCCAGACACCACACGAGGAUCCAUGCCUGUAGGGGGCCAAGGGAACCUGCAGUCCAACCUGCGGCGCUGUCCCCUGGAGGAGCACAACGAUCCUCAGGUGUUCUUACAGCCGUCCUCGCAGGAGGUUAAGUUCAUGCUGGGCCCGACGCCGGCGCAGCGCCAUCUGCUGGAGAGAGAGAGGGAGAGGCAUGGUCUCAAUCCUCACAGUCUUCAGUCAGUAGAGGGUGCAACAGGCUCAGAGACGGAGGGGGAUGAGCCCUCUAUGCACUUGUGCAACUCUCACUCCUAUCAUCAUCAUUUUCAUCACCACGGGCACCGACACCCAGGUCUGGAGCAUCCGGACAGCUGCCAGAGUGGAGAGCUCACCUACGAAAACAUCAACGGGUUGAGGAGCGGCAGGAAGCAGCGGCUGAGUCCGAGCAGCGUGUCGCAGUCUGUUGGUUCCAGCAGCAGCAGCAGUACAGGGGACAGCCACACCCACUCCCUUCUGCACCCACACCUCCACGGCCCCUCGUCUCUGCCACCUCAAGGCUACCCCUGUGAAAGGGGCAUGAGUGGGGGUCACCGUCGAACAGCUUUGCUCAACUAUGAGAACCUGCCCUCGCUGCCGCCAGUGUGGGAGUACAGCGCCUUGCAGCGGGACGAGGACCAGGAGGAGGAUGAUGAUGAGCAGGAUGAGGAUGAGUAUGAGGAGGAAGAAGAAGACUUUGAUGAGUAUGAGUUCUCGGAAGGUCCUGGGACACCAAACGGGUACCACCAGGAUGGGCGGGGCAUCCACAGGGAUGCCCUACAGAACUAUGUCAACACAGAGCAGGUCCAGCCGCCCCGGCUCCGACACGCCUGCCCCCCACAUCCUCGGCCGUGUCAGCCUGACCGAGGGGGGCGAAUAUUUAGCUUUGACUUCCGCAGACGAUCGAGGUCAGGGGUCGUAGGCUGUGAGCACAGCCACAUGCCUCCGUCACGGCAGCUGAACUACAUCCAGGUGGACCUAGAUGGAGAACCCCCCUGCCAAGCCCUCAGUGGUGGGGGUGCCCAGAACCAGCCACAACACCAGCGCCUACCACCCAAAAAAUGUGGCCCACAGGCACCCCGGCGCAGCGAAUGCUACGCAGUCAUUGACCUAAAGAAGACCGCUGCCAUGUCCAACCUGCAGAAAGCUCUGCCCAGGGAUGAUGGGACUUCCAGAAAGACUCGCCACAACAGCACAGACCUGCCUCUGUAG